UUCUACCACCUCCUGCCGUUGUUGGGGAGGAGAUUUUCUGCUACAAGCAGAAGCUUUUAAAAAAAAAACAGGGGAAGGAGGAGCAAAUUUACAGAGAACCAAUGGGGGGAUUCUCAAGGCUUCCGCUUUUCCUUCUUCCUGUCUUGCUUUUCUCCAUGUUGCAGAGACCCACGUUCGCUGUCAAAAAGUCUUAUGUGGUAUACUUGGGAUCACAUUCACAUGGUCAUGGUCGGGAAAUCACACAAGUUGAUAUGGAUCUAGCGGAACAGUCUCAUUAUGAGUUUUUGGCAGAUUACGUUGGAAGCACCCAGGCGGCCAAAGAAUCGAUUAUUUACUGCUACACAAGACAUAUCAAUGGUUUUGCUGCGACCCUUGAAGAAGAGAAAGCAGCUGAGAUUGCAAAGCAUCCCAGGGUCAUAUCAGUCUUCCCAAACAGAGCACACCAAUUACAUACAACCCGGUCGUGGGAUUUGCUUGGACUGGAGAAAAAUGGUGCAGUUCAACCUGGAUCGCUAUGGGAGAAGGCUAGAUUUGGGGAAGAUACAAUUAUUGGGAACCUUGAUACUGGUGUAUGGCCGGAAUCAAAGAGCUUUAGCGACGAAGGGUAUGGACCCAUUCCAUCAAGGUGGAAAGGAGGUUGUACGGACACCACCCCUGAUGGAGUUCGUUGCAACAGGAAGCUAAUCGGCGCCAAGGCUUUCAGCAAAGGGUACGCAGAGGUCGUUGGCCAAGAAAACGCCUACAAUACCACACGCGACAAUGAUGGUCAUGGGACCCAUACCUUAUCCACAGCUGGCGGUAACUUCGUCCAAGACGCCAAUGUCUUGGGAUUCGGCAAUGGCACAUCCAAAGGAGGAUCACCAAGGGCGCUCGUAGCUGCUUACAAGGUAUGCGGGACACCCAUCUUAGGUACCAGCGCAUGCAUAGAUGCCGACAUUAUCGCCGCUUUCGAUGCUGCCAUCCACGAUGGCGUCGACGUUCUCUCCUGCUCCCUGGGAAGCCCCCCAAACGAUUACUUCCAUGAUGGCAUGGCCAUCGGUUCAUUCCACGCAGUCAAGAAUGGUAUCAUUGUGGUAGCCUCAGCUGGAAACGACGGUCCAACGCCUGGCACCGUCUCCAACACGGCCCCCUGGUUGUUUACGGUGGGUGCAAGCACCAUUGACCGCACGUUCUUAGCCUACGUGAAGCUUGGCAACAAUAAACAGUUGAAAGGGCAGAGCCUCUCCCAAACUUCCCUGGCCUUUAACAGUAAGAUGUACCCUCUAGUGACAGGUGAGGCCGCAAGAACGAAGAUAGCUUUACCCGAGACAGCCUUGUACUGUAAUGCAUCGUCGCUGGACCCAAUGCUGGUAAAGGGUAAGAUAGUGGUGUGCUUGAGGGGUGGUGGGAGCGGGAGGGUUGAAAAGGGUUCAAAUGUACUCUCGGCAGGGGCUGUGGGGAUGAUAUUGGUUAACGAUAUAAAAUUGGGGAACGAUGUGAUUGCCGACGCUCACAUGCUCCCUGCAUCGCAUUUGUCAUUCAUUGAAGGUCUUGCGUUAUACAAGUACAUCAACUCGACGAAAUCACCCACGGCUUACAUCUCACCAGUCACGACGGAACUUGGGACGAAGCCAGCGCCUUCGAUGGCCGCAUUCUCCUCCCAAGGACCCAACGUUGUGACUCCUGAGAUUCUCAAGCCCGACAUCACUGGACCAGGGGUGAGCGUCAUCGCCUCUUGGAGCCAAGCAUCGCCUCCCUCAGGUAUGCCUGACGAUACCAGACAGGUUUCCUUCAGCUCUGAGUCAGGGACGUCCAUGUCCUGCCCUCACCUCGCUGGUGUUAGUGGCCUCCUCAAGACACUCUACCCUAAUUGGAGCCCUUAUGCCAUCAGAUCUGCCAUCAUGACCACCGCAAGAACAAGGGAUAAUGUGAGGGAGCCGAUGUUGAAUUCAUCAAACAUGAAAGCUACCCCAUUCAGUUAUGGAGCUGGACAUGUUCGACCAAACCGUGCCAUGGAUCCUGGUUUGGUCUAUGACCUAACCACCAUCGAUCACGUGAACUUCCUAUGUGCCAUUGGCUAUAACGAAGACCAAAUCAGCCUCUUCACCGAGAUGAUGGUGCCUUACAAAUGCCCCAAGCCCGCUAUCAGUCUCUUGGACUUGAACUACCCAUCCAUUGCCAUUCCAAACCUUAUUGGCUCCGCUACUUUGAUGAGGACAUUAAAGAAUGUCGGGUCUCCAGCUACAUAUAAGGCCAAGAUCACUCCUCCCUCGGGAAUUUCCGUUUCGGUGGAGCCAGAGAUCCUGACAUUCGAUUCGGUCGGACAAGAGAAGACAUUCAAACUAACUAUCAAGACUAAGCGACUUGGCUAUGCUAAAGACUACGUAUUUGGCGUGCUUAAAUGGUUUGAUGGUCGUCACCAAGUCAAGAGUCAGAUUGCGGUUAAAGCAGCAGUUACAGUAUAAAGUUUUAGGUUUCUCUUAUCUGCUUAGAUGAUAUGAGAGAGA